AUGGAUCUGCCACUUGCGCCUCGCAUGGAUGGCACCUUCUGGUCUGGCCUGCUCUUAGCAGGCAACAAUUCGAAAGGGCAUGGCCCUGCAGCUGGCAUUGCGCUGGCACAUGGACAGCGAGUCCACUAUCAUCUCAACCUGGAGCCGAACACCAAGGUGAUGAUCUAUCAGGCCAAGCUUGGAUGGAAGGAUGGCCCUGUCCUGGACUAUGGCGACGACACCAAGCACGUCCAGAUCCCCUCUGAUGAGGACAUCCAAUGGAAUGUGGUGAAGGAGGUUUGCUCAGGAAUGGGCUGCAUGGGACUAGCAGCUCGCUUUCUGGGUCUUCACUCCGCAGCGGCCAUGGAUUGGAACCCCAAGAUUGUCGAGCACCUCCGAGAUAAUCACCAUGAAGGAGCACUUGUGGGCAACGUGAAUCUCAUUGAGGACAGGUUUGCCUGGAGUAUGAACAUGACGGUGAACCAGAGGGUGCUACACCUGAACAACUGCUGGCCAUGCUCUCGGACUCGCUGGUGGAGCUUGAUCACUUUCAGGCCAUAUCAAAUUGGAGGGAUUCCUGAUCUUCCACGCACUGAACCAUUGCCUGUGGUAGGCGAUUUGCUUUCGGAAUGGCCUUGCUGGCCGGAGAAGAUCGAAGCACAAGUCCGCCUCACGGCAGAUGAGUACAGGCUCUACACGGAUCCUCAUUUCGGAACGGACCUUCGACAGCUUCGUUCCGAUCGAGCAUGUCCGUGCAUACUCCAUUCCUACGGCUCAAUUUUGGAGGCCUGUCCAUGCGGAUGCCGAUCCCAUCCAUUGUCCCCACAUCGUUUGGAACGAGACGGUGCCAGAGGAUUUUUCGUUCAGAGCUCGCAGAACCUGGAGAUGAGGUACCUGACAGCACAUGAAGCUGCCAUGAUGUUGACGGUGCCGUCCAACAUCACAUAUGCCACAGAAAAGCUUGGCCUUGCCCUCCUUGGCCAGUGCGCUGCACCGGCACAAGCUUUGUGGAUCAUUGCACAUCUCCUCAGAGGCCUUGGAUGUCCUGUGGAACCCGAAUUUCUCCUGCGACAGUGGCUUCAGGGUGUACUCAGAUCUUUUUCUUCGACAGUGAGGUUUCCAAGGGCAUCACCCUUUGCGGAGUUGGCCAUCUGGGAGAAUGACAACAUGACGAAGUAUAACAUCCGUUUGGGAGGCGAAGCCACCAUUCAAAAUUUGGUGGAUGCCGAACGCAGACUUGCUGGUCAUGGAGCAUCCACACUACAUUAUGCUGCCAUUUCCGGGGAGUACGUAGUGGUGCACAAGAUCAAGAAACAGCAUCGGGACAUCACGCACCAGACCAUUCAGGUUUCUGUCUGGAACAAUGGGACAGCUCAGGUCUUUAAAGCAGUGGCGGGAACACUACUCUUUGAGUUCUUCCUGGGCUUGGGCAUCGAAAUCUUACCAGGAUCUAUGAUUGAUGACCAAGGAGGCAUUUGGCAUGGAGAUGACCGACCUCUGCACGAUGUCAACAUCAUGGAGUUCAAGUACCGAGCUUGUGGCCCGGACUCCUUGGUUGGGUUGCUGGGACCUUUUGGGCUUUCAGACACAUGUCUCGAUCAAGUCGCACGCAAACUGCUGCGGGGGAUGGGAACUAUUGGAGUCCACUGGAUGCCUGCUGCGAUGGCCACCCAAUGGAGUGAGCACAACUUUGACUGCCGACAAUUCGAUCAUUGGCUUCUCUCUGCUUUGCAUGGUCACCUGAUUUGCUGCUGUGCAAUUGAUUCGCACUGGAUCUUGGUGGACAUCAACUUCAAAGACCAGAUUCUGCACAUUCAAAUCAUGGAUGGGACCACCAGAGCCCUUGGUGACUUGUCCCAAGAGGAGAAGGAAACAGUAUGGGGGCUACGAGAAGUCCUGCAACAACGAGGAGUUCCCGAACAUCUCACGGAAGAAAGGGCACCGAUGGGACUCAGCAAAAUUGGCCUGAACAAGCUCAAAGGAGCGCUGGACGCCAAAGAUGUGUGGAGUCAGCUCAAAGCGCUUGGCUCUGCCCCCAAGAUCAAUUUUCUAUGGAUCAAGCCCGCGGAGCUGGAGGAGCAGAUCAAGAAAAGAGCGCAAAGCAAGUUCAAAGUGAAUCCUUCGAACAAGAAGUCCUCCAAGAGCAAAAGCUCAGGUAGCCGACCGGUGAUUGUCGACCCGGUGGACCUGCAACUCAUCGAAGGAACCUUUGUGGCAGGAGAUGAAGUUCCAAUGGGCCAACUGCAGAUCGCAGACGUUGGAGCCAACCGUUGUGGACUGGCAUUUGGGCAACUCAGUGACGUGCAGCCGUAUCUUCAGGGAACGGAAUCUUUGACACUUGGAGGGUUGGGGAUCCUUACAACCACCCCGAUUCCAGUUGCUGCACAAGGUCUUUUACCAGUCACCAAUCUGCGCUUUCCGGCCAUUGUCAAGCCCACAGGUGAAGCCAUCCUGGUGGAGGGAUCACUCAUUCAGCUGGGAGACCAAACAAUUCAUCGAGUGGAGAAUCCCAAUAUGAUCCAAAUUGAUGAGCUGCACACGACAGUCUUGAAGGUCGUGGUCUACCGAGAUGAGUGGCCACACAGCUGGGAUACCUUCACAUCAUCCCCGGUGAAGGCCAUUCUUCAUCAAUUCCCGGCCUUUGUACUUUGCAAAGGAAUCAACUGUGGCGAUGGCUGCAAGAAGUUUCAUCCUCCGGUGGAUGCAGAGUUGGGCUCGGUCAUUGCGGAUGUUUGGAACAGGUUCUGGCUCUCCUUGAGGGGGAAGAGAAUGUCAGCGGCUGAGGCGGACAUCUUUCAGGUGUACUUCCGCAUACCGCAGGUGUGCCUAUCCACAUUGCACUGGCUUUCGGGAAAUGCAGGUCUCUAUGUUGAGCCCAGAUCUUCAGACGGACGCUCCUCUGACCCAUCCAUGGCAGUGAUUUGGUUGCCUGGAUCGAACCUCUCAGAGGCCACCCACAAGCAGAAAACCAUUGAGAAGACGCUGCCAGUCACCAGAUUUGGGAGCAAGUAUGGAGUGCGCGUCCUGGUGAAGGAUGAGGCCCAGAUCCGUGCCAAGAUGGGUGCUGAGGAAUCCCAACCGAGGAUUUUGGUUCAGCAAAUCUAUGAGAUGAAACCACUCCCACAUGGGACAACGCGCAAGAGCCUCACUCAGAUUCCCCCUGGAUUGGGGUGGGCUGCAAAACCGGUUCAACCUGGUCGAGCAGACGCCACCGGCAUGAGCUGGAAAGUGGGGGCGGAAGCACCUCCACCUGCACCGGUCAUCCAGACAUCCUUGGGGGACAUCACCAUUUCACUCCAGAAGCUGGUCAUCACGGACUCCCCUAUUCAACGAGUCUUUGGAUCCACCUGGACACAGGCCCAUCUUCGCAGAAUGGCUCACAAAGAGGAGAACAAGGAGAACAUCAAACCACAGCAGGUGUCGGAAGCUGGCAGUGAUCCAUGGACUCACACUGAUCCCUGGAGGAAGUGGAACCAUCGCCCUGGACCUCAAGACGGAGAUGUCCCAACGCAGGUAGUCACAAAGCUGGAUUCCAUUGAGGAGAAACUCCGAGGAGAAAUCUGA